AUGGUUUCUUUACUUUCUAUUUUUUAUUCCACAGGUUUCCGAUUCCGAAGGUCGCUAGGUAUAUUCAGGGGAGCCAUCCGGCUGUUGCAUGAUUCUUAUGAGCUUCAACCUCCUUUGAUCCCUCCAUCUAGAGUCAAGGCCAAGUGGCAGCGUCCGCCCUUGGGGUCUAUCAAAAUCAACCUGGGGGAGGCUUGUCGGGGUGCAACAGGGACUGGGGGGAUUGGAGUUGUGGUUCGUGACCAUGUUGGUACUUUUCUUGCAUGUAAACUAGUGGUUGUUCAGGGGGUUUCCAACCUUUUGCAUGCAAAAUUGCUAGCCUUGAAGGAGGGGCUUUUGUUUGCCCAAAGAUGGCCUUAUGUGCAGCGGCUCAUUGAAGGUGUUGGUCAAGGAGUUGGUAUUGUUCUAAGCCAAGUAUCACAGGAUUUGUCCCACUUUGGUUGCUUAGUUGACGACUGUAAACUGUUACUAGUGCAGCAGGGCAGUAUAUUAGUACAACAUGUGAUGAAGGAGGCUAAUGAGGCGGCUGCAAGACUUGCUAGGAUCGCUUUACACUCCCACGGAGCGGCUGAGUGGUUCGGGGACCCCCCAGUAGUUUUGCUUGAUGCCUUAGUGGCAGAUUCUUUUUAG